AUGAGCAGAAUCGAUCAAUUGCUUGAUCUUGAAUUCGUGGAAUUGUUGCUCGCGUGCGAUCCAGCGCGAAGACGAGUAUUGCGUGCCGCGGGCUCGAGUCAGGAUCAUAAGAACAACACGUUUGUCAUACGCACCGUUGCUAAUCACAAUACCAGAGAUAAUAAUCUCGAAGUGUUCGGAGUGCUACCGAACGUUCUGGGAGUUGAAAUCAAACAGGAAGACUAUCGAGAACCCGAAGCAGUCUUCGUCGCAUCGAUUGAGGAAGGAUUUACGAGUGUCGCUGAGGCCAACAACACAAGCAAGGCGAGCAGUAGAAGCAACACAGGAACUGUAAGGGAAUUGCGUGUUCAUUUGGCGUGCGACGUUUGCUCCUCUCUGUUCGAAACGAGCGCGGAGCUGAAGAAACACAUGUUGCGUCACAAGUACAAAUGCAGACUCUGCGACAACAGUUUCUCGGCGGCGAAUACUCGGGACAAUCAUCUGAUCCAUGUUCACGGCGAGCCCAAGUAUUCCUGCAAAAUGUGUCGCUUUGUCACCUGGACCAAAGCCGACAUCAAGGAGCACAUGAUCACGAAGCAUUUGGAUCCGUUUUGCAGCACCUGCAAGCUGUGCGACAAGCAGUUCCAGACGAGAUUUCGCAUCGAGAAACAUUAUCUCAGAUUUCACACCACCUUGACCGUAGGCUGCACGAUCUGCAAACGCAGCUACAAGAGCUACGUGACACUGAACUCGCACAUUAAACUCACGCAUCUGAAAUCCGGUUACGAAUGCAAAAUCUGCACCCGACAGCUCACCAGUGUGGCUUUUCUAGAGAUGCACAUGCGCAGCCACGAGGGCAAAAAGCGCAAAAACACGUUGCAGGCGGAGAUUUGCACGACCUGCGGCGAGGUGUAUCACAACAGACGUAAUCUGACCGAGCACGUAGCCUUGGUUCACGGCAAGUUUUAUCCACACGUUUGUCCGAUCUGCAAGAAAGCCUUCGCCAGACGUGCGAAUCAGGUGUACCACAUUUUAACCGUACACAUGACCAAUGUAUACGAGUGCGAUGUCUGCGGGGUGAAAUUUCCGCGAAGGGAAAAUCUGCUUACUCAUAGAAAACGAGACCAUUCCGAGAUUGAAGGAUUAGGAACAGUACCUGACGUACCCAUAAGGGGACUUGUGGGCGAAUUUGUCAGAAAUUACAUAAAUAAUCAAAAAACUUCACACAGUGGCGACAACUUACUGUUGGUUAGAUCCGAGUUGGAAGUCCCAAUGAUUAUUGGCGAUUGAUAACAUCAUUCGCGUGAAAAUUAUCAGAUUAAAAAAAAAAAAAAACUUGUGUCUCUCUAGUUGUUCUUAUUUAGAAAACUUAAAACAAAACGUAUUAUUAUUGCGUUAUUUGAUGUUAUUGCUACGUAUAAUUUCUUCUUA